AUGUUUUCUAUACAACACAACCUGUUGUUUGACAAGUUAAGAUAUAUUAAUAAAUUAACCGUUUGUCAUUGUUUUAAUAUUAUUUAUAAAAAGAACUACAACACAGGAGGUGAAUAUUCUUCAAACAUAAGUCGCAUAUUUUAUCAUAUAAAUGAAAAAUUAAAAAAUGUAACCAAAAAAAAUUUAAGAAAAAAUGAAUGCAGGAAUAAAAAAGAGAAAGAAGAAAAUACAAAAAGUAUAAAUAAUAUAAAAAGUAUAAAUAAUAUAAAUAAUAUAAAUAAUAAUACAAAUGUAAAUAUAAUAAAUAAACCAACACAUCAUGGAAAUAAUAAAAUUUUUAAUCUUAUAAAGGAUGAUGAAGAUAUAAGUCAUCCAAACGAUUCUUUAGAAAUAGAUAUUAUGUAUGAAUGUUCAAAAGAAAAAGAAUUAAAAUAUAUUUAUAACCAAUAUGAUAAAAUUAUUUGUAAAAUAAAUUAUAAUAAAAUGAUGGGAAGAGAUUUAUCUUAUUGUAUGAAUAUAAUUUCAAAAAUAAAAUAUUUUAAAGAUAAUAUUUUUUGGUAUAAAUCAUCUGAUAAAUUAAUAAAAGGUUAUAUGAUUCAUAAAAUUAAUAUACAGAGUUUUUAUAUAAUAGCUAAUGCUCUAAGUAAAAUAAAUCUGUUAUAUAACAAAAAAGAAAACAUACAAUAUGAAUACAAUCAACAAAUAUAUAAUAAAAAUUUAAAAAAUGAAACUAUAUGUAAUAAUAUAAUUAUAAAAAAUAAAUUACCAUAUAAUAAAUUAUUAUGUCAAAAUAUUAAAACUGAUUUCAUAUCACCUUUUACUUAUAUAUCAUUUGAUGAUCAAAUUAUAUUACACCAUGAUAAAUAUAAUAGUUGUAAGUAUCAUAAUAUAUAUGAUCAAAUAGCUUAUAGAUUUAUUAUGGAUAUACAAAAUAUGAAUUUGGAUAGUAUAAGUUGUACCUUAAAUUUAUUUUCAAAAUUGAAUAUGUUGAAAUAUAAUUUUAUAGGAUAUUAUUUUGCUGAUUAUUUUGUUUUAUAUAUAUUAAAUAAAAAUAUAAAAAUAAAAAAUAAUAAUAUAAAUAAUAUAAAUAAUAAUAAUAUAAAUAAUAAUAUAAAUAAUAUAUAUAAUAUACAUAAUAUAUAUAAUAGUAAUCAUAACAUAAGGGGUGAGACAAAAAAUUUGUCACAAAAUAUAUCUUAUACUACCAUGUUCUCAUACCUUAAUAAUAAAAAUAAAUAUACUGAUAUAACUCCCAAUAAAUAUAAUAUCUCAAAACUUGUCAUAAUUUUACAUUCCUUAAUUAAAUUUAAUGUUAUUCAUUUAGAAUUUUUUUAUAUUUGUCUAGAAUAUUUUAAUACAUAUUUUAUUCAUUUAAACAAUAUCGAUAUCUGUAAUAUUUUAUAUUGCUUCUCUAGGUCUCAGCUAGCCAUAAGGAGUAAUAAUACCAUUCACAAAUUGUGCAUGCGUAAAAGAAUAACAGAUAAAUCGUUUCAAAAUUUUGUAAAUAAUAUAAUAAAAAAAUUAGAAAUAUAUAAUCAAGUUUAUUCUAUGGAUCAAAUAAAUAAUAUGGAAAAUAUGUACAAUGGGUAUUAUGAUUACUUUGAUAGGUUAAAAAAUAAUUUGUCAUCACCAAAAGAUAAUUUGUCAUCAUCAAAAGAUAAUUUUUCAUCAUCAUAUAAUUAUUUGUCAUCAUCAAAUGAUGAUUUGCCAUCCUUAUCAUCACUGACAGAUUCCUUUUUUUUCAUAAAUAGUAAUGGCAAGGUUGACAAAAUGAAAUGUUGGAAUUUAUUAAAUAAAAUAAUAAAUAAUAUAGAGAAAAACGAAAAAUUUUUAAAUAAUUUCACUUCUCUACAGAUAUCAUCAAUUAUAUUAUCUGUAUGUAAAUUAAAAAUAAAUUCUUUGAAUAUUUUUUAUGCCUUAAAUUAUAGAGUUCAUUAUUUAUGGAGAUAUUUUUCUUUACAUAGUAUAGCUGAUUAUUUAUAUGCUAUAAAUGAAAAAAAUAUAUAUGACGAGCAAAUAUGUAUUUUAUUAUUUUGUCAAUUUGUGAAGAUAAUCUGGUAUAAGUAUUUACAAUAUAUCCAAAAUAAAUUAUUUUUGGGACCCAUAAAUAAUGAUAAAUAUAAAAAUAAAAUAAAACAAAAUAAUCAAGGAAUUAUAUAUCAUGUAUUAACAAAUGUAGACAAUAAUCAUCAUCAUAAUGGUCAUCAUAAUGGUCAUCAUAAUGAUCAACAUAAUAAUAUAAUAAAAAGAAAGAAAGAAAAAAAAAAAAAGUUGCAUUUAUUAAACCAAAGUGAUAUAUCCAUGUGUGUACGAAUUUUUCAAUCUUUUUCAAAGUCUGAUAUUAUAAAAAAUAUAAAUAUGUUUUUAUAUUAUUAUCAUAUAUUUUUUCCUUAUGAUAUAUCUACAAUAUGUAUAUAUUAUGACAAAAAUAUAAAUGAAAAAGAUAUUUUUAUGGGUCAUAAUUUUAACAUGGACAUUUUGUUUAAAAAUAAUAUAUCUGAUCAUGAAACAGAAAUAAAAAAUACUAAUCAAGAUGUUCACAUUUAUUGUGAUAAUAAUCAUAAUUAUAAUAAUUUUAAAACUGAUCAUCUUUUUAAUUCAUAUAAUAAAGAGGGAAAAAAUGUACAAACUAAUUUUUUCUCUUACGAACAAAAUGAAAAAGAAGAUGAUAAAAAUUUCUGGAUCAAUUUAAAUUUAUAUCCAACAAAAUCGUUUUUAUUUUUGCACUCAUAUAAAAAAUAUUUAGAUAUAAUUAAAUUAUAUACCCUUCGAACAUUUUUCUUUUUAAUUUUUCAACAUUAUCAUAUUAUGACAUUAGAUCAAAAAUGCUUGUUAUCUUAUUUUAUGUUGAAUAUACCACAAUUUAUAUAUCCAUUUAGACUAUCUAAUAAGAACAACAUAUUAGUAAAUACCAAUGACAUAAAAUAUAUAAAACAAGCUACAAAUAAUAAUAAUAUUGAUACAUAUAUGGAUAAAAUAUUUCCAUUCAAAUUAUAUUUUAAAAAAGAAAUGAAACAUUUAAAUAUAUAUAUACCACCAGCAGCUAAUAUACUCUUCGACAUAUUAUUCAACAUGGAACUUAAUACACUUAAUGAAAUAACCAUAAGACAAAUAUAUACAUGUCUUUUAUGUUUACAUUUAAAUAUAAUAAAAUUUUCUUAUUACACACGACCAUGCAAAAACAAAAAUGACAUCAAAAAUGAAAACAAUAAUAAUAAUAAUAAUAAUUCAUUGUUACAUAAAAAAUUUAUAUUUCAUCUAUUAUCAUUAAAUAUGCUAAAAAAAAUUAAUUCAUUUCUUGAUAAUGUUAAUCAAAAUAAAACCCAACAAAAUGAAAUUAAUUUAAGUUCAAGAACCCAUAAUGAAGUAUAUAAUUAUUUGAAGUCAUUAAUAGGUAGUGGCAUGUUUUAUAAAAAAGGAAAAAAAAUAAAUCAAAUGUCCGAAUUUGUCGUUGGUCCGUUUGUAUUGGAUUGUGUAAUUCAAUUUUUAUAA